CCAGACACUGAGAAUGAUAAAGAAACACCAGAAUUUAGAGGAUGAACAUUAUUUCUUAUUUAUGAGCAUUAUCCAAUUAAUAUUCAAACAAUGGCCAGAAAUGAAUAAAACAGAGACAAAGAGGGGAAACCGUGGCCAAUGACUGUUUAUGGAUUAGGUUUUUCGGUAUCACCCUCACAGAAUCAAUCCCCAAUUUCUCAUUCUUCUUCACCGUCAAUUCUUCGUUGGAUCAUCGCCCGCCAUCACGUGCCACUUCUGCACCACCAACGUUCUCCACUGAGCCGUCAUCUAGCUGGUCAUCUUCAACAGAGCUCACCCCCAUCGUUGAAUUUUGAAGUCGCCUCUGCUAUUCACCUUCGCCGGAACAGACAUCUCCGAUAUCGCCUCUGGAUUUCCUUCCUAUGUCGAACUCGCUGUGAUGGUAGAGAACUAGUUUCGCCACUACCGGAGCCCCAUCGGAUUCCAUCGUCAACUCUCUCCAAUGUUCGUCCCUCCUCUGUGUCAGCCAUCAUAAGGGUUAGCAAGGAGAACCAAGGCUGUUUCAGCCAGUGUUCACGGCAAUCACCCUAUCUCUCUUUUUGGAAUCAUGGCUGGAAUGAUUGGUCCUGAUAAUAUUCUUGUUUCACUGAUUUCUCUUUCGAUGUGGGUUUGAAUUGUUGACGUCCUGUAUGUGCCUAUGGAGUUUGGGGAGAAACAGUUUUGGUGGAGUCUCAAGGAAUUGGUGUUUUCGGUUGAUGAUCGGAGGAAUUGGGGUUCAUUUGUUCAUGUAAAUUAAUUUUUACGGUUAUUGUGUCAUCUGUGUGAUUCUAGUUUUGUCUAUCUGUUUGAUCCCUUGGGGAGGCUCUGUUUAUUUGUUUAA